UCGGCUUUAUUCUCGAGUUUCUGGCCUUUUAUUUAUUCUCAUUUAAUUAUUAUUUAAUGCUAUUUGUAUAAUCAUAAUAUGCCACCAGCUAAAGUAUUAAAAGAUCUUUCAGUUAAUCUUUAUUUUACUCUUCCUCCAAAUAAUACGCAAACAAGGUUUACAAUUCAAAUUAAAAAAGACCAAUUAUUGAUUGAUGUAGUUAGACAUUUUAUGAACACAGACAAUAUUCCAUGUUAUUUGGAGAACUCCGUUCUUUCGACUAUUGAAUCAUUAAUGAACGAAAGUUGGCGUAGAGAUAUGGAAAGAGAUUCAAAAAUUCAAGAUGGAUCAGAUGCAACAAAUAUUCGCGAGAAUCUUAUAGCUAAAUAUAAGAAGUACACAACGAAAUAUAAUGAUUCUCCUUCAGAGAACAUUUUCCCUAAAGCAUAUCAUACACUUGUUCAUUCUCCUGUACCAUCAAUAUUUGACACACUUUUACAAUUAGAACAAAAAUAUAAGCAGGCAAUUAAAGACCUGGUAUCUUCUGGAGAAAAGGAAUUGGAAAAUGUAAGGGAAAGACAUCAGAAAGAAAUAGAAGAAAUUGAACCGGGAUCUAUUCAAAAUGAUUUGAUAGAAAAACAUCAUCAGGAGGAAGUUGAGUGUAAUCGAGCUACUUUAGUAAGUGGGCUCGAAGAUAUUAAGAGAUCACAGAGAAAAGAAUAUUGUGAAUUUGUAACCAGACUUUAUCAAGCACACCAACGAUGGUUAACGGAAAAUCAAUCAGCAACAGAUAUAAAUUGGAUAUUCCAAUUAGAUGGAAAAGAAAUUGUUAGUGAAGUUAUAGCUGAUAUGAAAAAACGUCAAAAAGAAUUAUCAAAACAAAUAUUACGAUUAGUCCAAAAAAGCGGAGCUCGUAGUCGUCAUGGAAGUAUAAGUUCUUUGUCAGAAGUUAUAUUACCAAAUUUGAUGCCACCAACAUCUCCAAUGUUUUCACCUUCAGGCGAAGAUAAUAAUAAGAAACCGGCCUAUUUUAAUGAAGAAGAUCCUCAUAUAUUAAAAAGAAUGGAAGAAAUGGGGUUUGAUCAAGAGAAAGCUAGGGUGGCUUUGGAAAUGACAAAUGGAAAUAUGGAACAUGCAGUUAAUUUUUUAUUAGAUCCCAAAAUUAACAAUCAAAUAGCCAAUACUUCAGCUACUCUAACUCGACGUCCUUCUAUUCCUUUUGUGAGUUCACCUUUGAAAGAACAAACCGGAAGUAUCGGCAAACGAUCAAAAUCUCAACGGAAACCCAUUAUGACAAUUCCUAUCAAACAAGAAAGGAAAAAUACUUGGUCGACCUUUUUUCAGCAGAAACAACCGUUGGCUUCACCUUCAUCCGUAAGAAAGAUCGGUGGAUGGCUUAGUAGAAAAAGCCUUGAAGGAGAUGGGAACGGGUUGGAAUAUUUUUAUAUAAAUUGCUCUAUACCAUGUUCCAUUGCAAUAUUUGGAAAGACAAUCGAGCCAAUACAAAUCAAUGUUGAUCCAUUUUUUUCGUUUCAAAAAAGCCAUGGGCCAAAUUUUCAAUUAGAUAAUCCCCAACUUGUCGAAUCAUUUACAAUUUCCCUUGGAAACCAAGUGAAAUCGACCCAUAAUCUUCGACUUUUGGUAUCUGAUACGGAAGACCUGCUCAGUUCAUCCAAUGAUGCUCGCGAUAUGGCAUAUAGAGCUCAAACUGCUGCUAAUUUAUAUUCUCAAAAUCUAACGGCAGUUGUUUUACUAUUGACACCCAACGACUGGCCUAAAUAUAAACUAGGCGAAAGUGCUAAUAAAGCAUUUUUUAAGAGAUGUAAAGAAUCUACGGAUUUCCAUUUUGAAGACGUAGAAUCGCAGUUUGACGCUAUUGAAAAAGAUUUUACAACUUCAGAUCAUACAGUGUAUUCUGUACAAGAAGGAGACUUUUUUAUUACAAGGCAUUCAAAUUUACCAUUGGUUCAUAUUGUGUUUCAUUUAGUGAUUGAAUUUGAGUCAAUUCAAAAAUCAGAACUUACAUAUAGAUCAAAUGCAAUUAACGGGUUGCGUAAUAUAUUAAAAAUAAUUGAUAGGUUUGAUAUAACGAGUAUUUCAUUACCAAUUUUAUUGUUGCCAUCAGAUAUUGAUAUAUUUACAGCGACGGAUCAAACUGAUGAAAAUAUGCUUAUAAAAAGAGGAGAAUUAGUGUUGAAAUGUACAAAAGGAUUUAUGAUGAAUAAUGUGAGCGUACCAAAACAUGUAACAGAAAAAGAACAGGAAACUAAAACCGUUACAUUUUUAUUGAAUAAAGAUGUAUCCGAACAACAAUUUAAUAAUUUUAGACAAUUAUUAACUGGAAUUUUUAGAGCUAGUUAAUAAUGUAUAUUAUAAUAUCGGGUAAAUUUUGAGAAUAGAAUAAAUUAUUUAAAGGGAGAAUUAAAAAAAACAUUAAGAUAAUAUAUUUAUGUAUAGAUAUUAAAUAAAUUUUUUAAUUAAGUAAUGAAUGAGAAUACCAGUUC